GGGGGAGGGGGCGUCCGGGCGGCGAUGCGCCACAUUAGCUGUCUCCCCCAAUUAUACGAGAAUGUUUAAGGGCCGGGCUCAGGUCCCAGGCCGCGGCGGCGCGCUUGGCGUCCGCCUAUGGGGAUGAGAGUGGACAUGCGAGUAAGUCCGCCUUCUGCACAGGUGCCAGAUGGGGACGAUGGACUCGCCGGCCAGCGCCCUCGGGCCCAGCAGCGGCCCCGCUCCCGGCAGCCCCUGCCCCACCAGCCCGGGGAGCUCCUCCGGACGCAGCAGCAGGAGCCCGCUGACGGCGUGCUCGACGCAGGUCCAGGAGAACGGCCUCACCCUCGAGCACUUCGUCGGGCGCCUCUUGCAAGGCUACGACUGGACCACCGUGCCCGUGACGCGGCGGCCGGGCUCGCCGCGCCGCGUGCACGUCAAGCGCCCCAUGAACGCCUUCAUGGUGUGGGCGCAGGCGGCGCGCAAGAAGCUGGCCGAGGAGCACCCGCAGCUGCACAACGCGGAGCUCAGCAAGACCCUCGGCAAGCUGUGGAAGUCGAGCGCUUCGCGAGGAGGAGCGACGGCCGUUCGUCGAAGCGGCAGAUCGUCUCCGGGCCGCCCACAAGAAGGAACAUCCCGACUACAAGGUAAGUAUCAACCCCGGCGGCGCAAAGCGGGCCGAGCGCGGGGCGCGCAGCAGCAGGACCGCGACACGCCGGGGCCGUCCGCCGUCAAGGCCGAGGAGGUGGAGGCGCCCAGCUCGUCCUGCCAGGGCUACCCGUUCCGAUCUGAUGUGUCGGCAAGGACGACGCCGGACGCGUGCAGCUCAAGCAGCCCCACCCAGAGCCCCGUCCUGCACCCCGCCUUCAGCCCCGGCCACCCCGGCCACCCCGCACUGAGCCCCGGCGCCCACCUGGCGUCCGGGCCCCACCACCACGCCGACACCAGGACCGUGCUCCCCAGACCGUACGGCGAUGGUGGGCCGCUGUACCCGGCUCACUACCAGGCGCACCACACGGCGCACCAUGAAGUGCAGUACCACGCCCACCUCGGCACACAGCCGCACCAGGAGCGCAAGCACCCCUGUGCCCGCAGCUCGUACCACCAGUACGGGGCUUACGGAUCGCACCCCUCGUACGCGGCGCACGGCCACAUGUGGGUGCAGGGCGAGGCUGCCGCGUGCGGCCCCUGCGGUGUCGGCGGCGGCGGCGUUGGGGUCGGGACCAUGGUCGGGGCGGCCGCCACCUCGCACUCCCACACCGGCUUCAUGAUGCACGGCGCGCACAUCCUGGGCCCGGACCACGCACCUCACGUCCACGGCGGCCACGGGGCGCACCCGGGCUUCCCUCAAGUGUCUGCCUCGCCGAGCAACACUUCGACGGUGGCGAGCGCACAAGUGCAGUCACUGCAAUCCCUGCCGCAGCCCUACUCGUACCAGGCAUAUUGCGGCCCGAACCUGCAAAAGUACUCGUGAAGUUUGUACGUUUGCUCAAAAUGAAAUAUGGCCCUUUGCACAGUACGACACAGUAGGACAUGAUCUUUCUGAAGAUGACCUGUUCAAGCGCGAAGAGACAAGACGGCCGUUGGUCGAACCGCUUCCCUUUGGUUCUUCCGUUUUGUCCUCUCCGCGCUCCCUUUCCCUCGCUGUGCGCUCCCACCGGAAUACUCUAUUAAAAUUCUUGGCGUUUUCGGCCUGUACUCAGAAUUGGAGGGAUGAAUAAAUCUGGGCGACAGAAAA